GCAAUUCUUUGAUGACCCUACACAGCGCCAUUCCUUCAACCCUCUCCGACCCCGAUUCCUCACUCUUUACCACAUCGAGGUCUCCUAUAAGUCAUCCCAUCCUUGCAUCAUGGCAUCGUCUAUGAACUCUGGCAAGGCAGGGGUCAUCAAGGCUCCUGACGAUGCCGGCAGUAUGGACCAACUUACACACGCCAUCUUGGACGAUCUACUCUACAAUGUUGUUCACGACUUGUUAAUCAAGGUUCACCGAGACGAGAAAAUCGCCCGAGCUGCCACCGCCGCCAUUCUCGUUGAGAAGGUAGCCUCUAAUCAUUCAGACACAACCACCCCCGAUGCUCGGCCCGAUGUGAGGGUUGAGACUGAUGCUGCUAUAUACGAUGAGGGGAAAGUGCUGUUGAAAGGGAACCCGCUAGUCACUACCAAGGACAUAAUCUGCCCACGAUGUCACUUACCUCGAUUACUUUACCCGACCGAUGGCAAAGGCGCAAGGAAACCAGACCCCAGCAUCAUCUACUGCAAGAAGCGCCCGUACAUCGACAAACCAGGCUACGACAUUUAUGGGCAGACGUGGGUAGCGCAGGGUCCCGGGAGAGGCAAGAAGAAGAAGGAUAUGGAGAAGAAGAUUGAUCCAAACACCCCCGGCGACUCACCGACCCCGGCGGGCGAAGGAGGGACCACAGGGGGCGGUGCGGCUUCGCGCCCACCCAACAUGCUCUCAUUCCCCUCUGCGACCUGCAGUAAAUGCAAACGGUGCAUUCUCGUAACGCGGCUGAACAACCACAUGGGAUCAUGUAUCGGAAAUAGUGGUAGAAAUGCUAGUCGUGCUGCCGCUCAGAAAAUUAGUAAUGGGAACUCGAACGGCAAUGGCGACGGAACUCCACCAUCCAGCCAAAAGGGAACUCCAUUACCAGGCUCUAGGGCGGCUAGCCCGAAAAAGAGGGACGGGGACGACAUGGACGAAGACGAUGCGACGGAUAAUGAUGCGCACAAGAAGAAGAAAUUAAAACCAAUGGUCGCCAGCGUGAACGUGAACAAGAAGCUGAUCGUUAAGCCGAAAGCCGGAGCCGGUACCAAGAAGGACAAAAAAAACGACGACGACGAUGGACCUACUGUCGAAGUCGCUCCCAAGAAGAAGAUCACGAAAGUGCCCAGUCCAGCGAAGAAGCUGAAGCUAGACGUGAAACCACUCAUGUCAUCGCCGCUUGCUAAAAGCAAUGGAAGAGCUACAGUAGGUAGUGGGAACACGAGGGAUGAUGCCGCGUCGGAGAGUUCGGGCACCCUCUCGUCGCCUCCCGCUGCAUAACACCAAAGCGUCCCUUACAGCUACACAUUCGGUCUUAGACUGGCACGACAUCAAAUAGCGUCUCGCCGCCAUUGGUUUGUGCCUACCAGGAUUCUUCGGAAGAGUAUUCGAGACGCUGUUCUAUUCACUUUCAAUCCUCCAUCUGCGUUUUAUUGUCUGUAUAAUGCCCAAGGGUUUGCAUUGAAAGGCGUUCGAAGGCGUUUAUUUUUGCUAAAAUAAGGUCAAGGCACUUCUGCAUCAGAAAGGGAAGGAAAAUGGCGUUCUAGGUACACGG